ACGCCUAGUUGGGCUUUGACUGGUCAAUGAUCACGUUCACUGCAUAUGUGUACCAGGGAAAACUCAGCCGCGAUCCGCCACCUGUCGUCUCCCAAUUGGCUAUACCGUCAUCUUCUCUGACGCUAAAUAUUUAAACCCUCCACCGGCCGCAAAACGCAUUAGGAAAGUAGCGCAUUUCUGUAUCAACAAGAGUCAACUGCUUAUAAAGAACAUGUCGCGGGAGGAAAAUGUGUACAUGGCCAAGCUAGCUGAACAGGCUGAGCGGUAUGAGGAGAUGGUUGAAUUUAUGGAGAAGGUUGCAAAGAGUGCUGAGACUGAGGAGUUGACUCUGGAGGAACGAAAUCUCCUGUCUGUGGCCUACAAGAAUGUCAUUGGUGCUAGGAGGGCUUCGUGGAGAAUCAUCUCAUCCAUUGAGCAGAAAGAAGAGAGCCGUGGGAAUGAGGAUCAUGUCAAAGUUAUUAAGGAAUACAGGGCUAAGAUUGAGGAUGAAUUAAGCAAGAUCAGUAAUGGGAUUUUGAGCCUCCUAGAUUCCCAUCUCAUUCCCUCAGCCUCCUCUGCAGAGUCCAAGGUGUUUUACUUGAAGAUGAAGGGUGAUUACCAUCGGUAUUUGGCUGAGUUUAAGACUGGAGCUGAGAGGACUGAAGCUGCCGAGAGUACUUUGUCAUCUUACAAGUCUGCUCAUGAUAUUGCAUUAGCUGAAUUGGCUCCCACACACCCGAUCAGGCUUGGACUUGCACUUAACUUCUCUGUUUUCUAUUACGAAAUCCUCAGCUCACCUGAUCGAGCUUGCAACCUUGCCAAGCAGGCUUUUGAUGAAGCCAUAUCCGAGCUAGAUACGCUGGGCGAGGAAUCAUACAAGGACAGUACAUUGAUCAUGCAACUUCUCCGAGACAAUCUGACUCUUUGGACUUCUGAUGCAGCGGAUGAUGCUGGGGACGAGAUCAAGGAAUCUUCAAAACACGACUCGGGCGAGAAUCAGCCGUGAUGAAUUUGUAGCGUAGCAUUGUGCUCUUUAUCAUGUAGUUUUAGCAUAGAAUUCCUUUGGUAGUAGCAAGACUUGGUCAAUGCGUUAUUAUGAAAUCGUGAUAUUACAGUAAAACAACCAACAUGGUGGUUGAUAUAUGUGUGUUGGACAAGGCAAUGUAUGAAGUCUCAUGAUGUGCUUGUUUUUAAUUGAUAUGGAUAAUUGUGCUUUCGGUCCGUAGCACAUUUGUCUCCAAACUAGUUUUUUAAACAAUGCCAUCCCUGAAAUUUUAGGGUUGUAGUAAAUUAGUCCCUAUCAAUUGCAUACAUAUUUGUUCUUUUUUA